AGAGAAUCGAAAGUUGUUUUUCUUCAUUUUAGCGGAUUAAUUUUUGACCACAGUCGUAAAAGUUAAGAACGAACAUGAACAUUUUUUCACUAUAUGAUUUGUAGCUUGAAGCUAGAAAACAUCAUAAAAAACAUACCAACAAAAAUGGUCGAAAAAGCCAACAAGUUUUUUCGAAAAAAUGUGCCGAUUAAUCUUUCAAGCCGUAGUUAAGUACAAUUAAACACCAUUUAAUUAGCUCAAAUUCUGUCGCUCAAGUUUUUACAGGUGUGCAAAACUUGCCAGUUAUGUGAUAUUUCUAAAACUUACACGUUGCUUAUUGUUAUAUGUUUUAUGAUUGCCUCAGUUUUUUCUAACCACAACAUGUUUUUCAGUUUUAGCGACUGCUUUUUGUUGAGAUAAUGAGACAGUUGAGAUAUAUGGUUAUUGAAUUUGAAGUUCGUUAUUUUUAAAAGCCUUAAUUAGAGUGGCUAACUUCACAGUUGUUCUCGCUUCGUCUGGUUCAAAUCAUCCACCCCAAGAAACAAACUCUUUUGUGAUCGACCAAGUUGAAGCCAUCGCCAUCAGUUCAUGGAAGCAUCGAGUUCCUGGAAUCAGUUUUUGGACAUCAAAACGACGGUUUUUGGUAGACAAAGUAGACAAACUUAACAUUUGCCUAAACUUUGCGAGCAUCGUGCGCCGAUUUAUCCGACAAUGGAACUUCGAUUACUUCUUUUUGGAAUUUUGACUUGCUUCUGGCUGGCUGGUACAACUGCAAUUGAUUCAGGUUUUUCCAGGGUAUCCAGAGACUUGAUGGACAAUGGAGUUGCAUCGAAAGGACCGAUCUUCACUCUACUACCAAAGAGCAGACGCUAUUUUUUGAACACCCUCGGAACUACACUGGAUUGCAUGGCUACAUCAGAGUCCAAACUGACGUAUAACUGGCUGACCAAAUCGGAAAUGGCGAGUGAAAUCUCUGGCUACCGGGAGACUUUACGCAACCACAGUCUCUACUUGCCCCCCUUUAACCCAGACAUGUGGAGGGGGGAUGUACACGACACUGACUACUUCUGCCAAGUGGGAGGGGGGACAUUUGGGUCCAUUAUCAGCCACCCUAUCAGAGUUACUGCAUUGAUCUCGUCAGAACAGCGCUUCACAGUGACUGCAGAUGACGUCAUAGCCCCAAUAGGGUCCAAUGUCAGAAUUCCUUUCUCCAUAUCCCCUCUGAGGGUCAUGGAUUUCAUCAGUACAAUUCAAUGGCUGCAGAAACCAAACACGAACACUUCGGAAAACUUCACCCUCUCAAAAUUAGGAGGCGAAAAGGCCGACCAAUUACACGAUGGUUCUCUGUUUGUGCGUCACGUGACCCGAGAGGAUGCUCUGUCGUGGUACAAGUGUGUGGCCACUCAUGACGUCACAGGGGCCAAAGUGCAGUCUCACGCCGACUUCGGAGGGGGGUUGAGAGGGGCUCAGAUUAUUGUGUCACAAAUAUCAAAGAAAAGCAGACCACCUCAACCCUAUUUCAAAUCAGUCGCCUUAUCCGUGAAACUCGGCGAGACGACUCGACUAAUCUGCGCCACCCAUGGAAUACCAUCGGCCAGCGUAUUCCAAUGGAGUCAAGGCGACAAACACCUCCCGGAGGAGACUGAUGACGUCAUUGAUUGGAUUGCGUCAUCAGAGGAUGAAGUGGAAGUAGUGUUGAAAUGUGAGGCUUCGAAUGAAUUCGGAUCGACCUAUGUGAACUUUUUCAUCACAGUUAGAGUUGAGUUACGAAUCACAGCCAUCCCCAAAGUCCAGAAAACAGAAUUAGGCUCCUCCUUGUUAAUCAACUGCAGCUACUCAGGACACCCAAUCAGACAACUCACCUGGUUCCGAAAUGGAGUAGAGGUUAAACGGACUCUGUUGACCUCCAGAGGUCAAAACUAUGACGUCAUGAGAAUCGGAUACGUGGAAAUCGGCGACCUUGGAUCUUAUCAGUGUCAGAUAUUCGAUGGUGCUGAGUCAUAUGCGUCUGCAGUUAGCGAAGUGAUUUUGAAAGAUAAAAAGGCUUCCAUCAUUUCCUCGUUUGGAGAGAAAGUUGCCGAGCCCGGUAAAGAUUCAAUCCUUCUUGAAUGUCAAGCAUACGGAAAUCCGUCGCCUUAUUUUGAAUGGUACCACAACGAACAGAAAAUGGACACUCUUGGAGUUCAAAAUAAAGGUCAAAAAUUUGUCGAAGUGAGUCAAAACGUGGCGCCUUUUACUGUGUCGAGUAGACUGAGUUUGAACCCGGUUGACCUUUGGGACUCGGGGGUGUACACGUGUAAAGCUGCGAACAUGUUCGGAUCGGGAGUGGCUUCGAAUUAUGUCCAUGUCACAGGUCCGCCAGAUGUGAUGCCGAUGCCAGACCGUGUAGUGCUGGCUACUGGGGACACCAGACUCCCCUGCUAUGUUGCCGGACAUCCUAUAGAGCAAAUCAACUGGUACCACAACGAUAGGAAGUUGCCCUACGUGUAUAGACAGACAGUGUCUCCCAACGGGACGCUCGCUAUCAGAGACACAGCAGCUGAAGACGCGGGGCUGUACAAGUGCGAGGCCAAGGGAGGGGGAUACAUUGACUCAUUCACCUUCAAACUCAGCGUCAAAGUGGGACCCCAAAUAGUGCCGUUUCAAAUGGAAGAUUCCGUUCUGAACGAACGACUGGGUGUUGUGUGUGCAGUUAGCCGAGGAGACACGCCAGUCGAAAUCAACUGGUUCAAAGACGGAAAACAAGUUGUAUCCGGAACAGAUCAGUACGUGGUGCAAUUCUUGCCUCCGACCACUUCCUAUCUUUCAAUAGAGCGAAUCAGACCCCCACACGCCGGCAACUACACCUGUGUGGCUUCCAACCAAGUCGCUUCUGUUUCUUACACUGCAGCACUCAAAGUGAGCGUGCCUCCAUACUUCACCGAGGAACCCAGAGAUAGAUCCUUGUUGCUCGGAUCCGAUGUUGAGAUCCCUUGUGCGGUGUGGGGUACUCCUGCGCCCAAUGUCACGUGGGAGUUUGCGGCUUAUGAAGGUGAUUUGUUGGCCGACCAACUGUCAAACAGCAACUCCAAACCUAGAUCGCUUAACUUCAUGCCGCUUUCGGCGCUACCGAAUGACCAAAUCGGACGACUGAAGAUUUCGAAGCGCAACGGAUCACUGAUGGUUCGCAACGUGUCUUUAACAAUGCCUCGAAACCUGUUGUGUCGGGCAUCUAAUGGGAUUGGCCGUGAAGCUGCAAAGAGUAUCCAAAUAAAUUUAAAUGUUCCGCCCUUUUUCUCCAAGCCGAGCGUGAACAAAUCCUCUCUGAUUGGACAACGAGACGAGUUGUCUUGUUUCGCGCUGGGCAAUAAGCCAAUGAGGGUUGAUUGGUGGAGAAAUGGGGAGAGGGUCUCCGAGUUGAGGAGUGGGGGCAAAUAUCAGACUCAGAUGGUACAGAUGAGGAAUGGCACCAUAUCUGUAAUUGAGAUUGAUGGCGCUGAUCGCGAGGACUCGGCUAAUUAUACUUGUGUCGCCAGCAAUGCAUAUGGUUCAUCCUCACGCAGUAUCCUAUUCAAGACUUUAGAGUUGCCGGAUGCGCCCAGCGAUGCCAGAGUGGUGGGCGUGAAUAGCACAUCAGCUGAACUGGAGUGGAAUCUGGGCUUCAACGGGAACUCGCCCCUGGACCAUGUUCUAGUGACUUAUAUGAUACCAGCAGAAGAGUCGGGAUCGUUUACGAAAACAGACAAUCAAAAUUUUACCUCCGAAAACAACAACAACAACUCAUUCCAGCUCAAACUACACUCGACCAGCUCAAGAGUAAGAUUGACUAACUUGCAUCCAGCGCAACAUUACAGGGUCCAAAUAUCCUCCGUCAAUUCUCUGGGCUCAUCUAAAAACAACCCAGAAGUGUCUCUGUUUACCAGUGAAGCAGCUCCCAAGGGACCACCUUUGAAUUUGAGAUUGAGUGCGCUGUCAACUGACUCCAUUUUGAUCUCCUGGAAGCAACCUGCGAAAAACAAAAGAAACGGUGUAAUCACAGAGUAUGACAUUGUUUAUUACAACAUCGUGGAUCAAAACAACCAGAAAAUUGUAAACAUACCGGCAAGAGGACAGAAUUUCAAAGCUCUGUCGGGAAAUUUUGACCAGGAAUACGAGUUGACAAAUCUGAGUCUGUUCACAACUUACGACUUGAAAAUCCGAGCUAGAACGUCGGCUGGUUCGGGUCCGUUUUCGCCACCUGCAAUGAUCACGACACUGGAAGGUGUGCCAGACGAGGCCCCUAGAAACCUGGAAGUGAUUCCCUCGUGGGAGAGGAAUAUUCUGGUGAAAUUUGACCCUAUACCUGAAGAGAACGUGAACGGGCGGUUGCUAGGGUACAAAGUAAAGUACUUCAAAAACGAAGAGCCGAAUGCAGUGACUUUCUACCCCUCCCUGGACAGACUGAUUCUUUUGAGUCACGUGGACCCCUACAGCAACUACACUAUUGCAGUGUGUGGGUACACACACGCGGGGGAUGGCAUUUAUUCUACUCCUGUUGUCAUUGAAACAUUACAAGCACCGCCUAGUGCUCCCGAGAAGAGCAAAGUGGUGGUGAAGUCCCCAAGGGAGGUGAUGGUGUCGUGGCUCCCCCCUCUCUAUCACAGGGGGGUACUAAAGGCGUACAAAGUGUGCUUCGAAAAACAGACCAUUGUAUCGCGCGUGGGUGCAAAGUGCAAAGAGAUGACGUCUAACUUCAGCCAUUACGUGGAGGAGAACAUAGAGGCGGGAGAGACAUACAGUGCGUGGGUUGUGGCCGUGAACAAGGCGGGUGAGGGUGACUCAUCCGAAACCCACCAAGUCACAGUGUCCGCAUCUUCUACAGUGCCUCCUCAGAUCUACUCGUUCUCGCGCAGUCUCACUGCAGUCUGGAAGUCGGACUUGAUCCUGGACUGUCUGUUCGUGGGAAGCCCCACCCCCUCCCUCACGUGGUACAGAAACGGAGUCGAGUCUUCGAAGCCACUCGGCGUGUACACUGAUGGCAAAUUGGAGGACAAAUAUCUGCAGUUGAGGAACAACUCCCUCCUCAUUUCCUCAGCCGAAGAGAGGGACUCCGGAAAAUACACCUGUGCAGUUGCUAACAAGGACCAAUCAGACUCUAUUAAUUAUACCGUUACUGUUUUGGAUCAAUGGAGGAGUUCGCCUCCGAAAACACCCCAAACAACUGUUGGCUAUAGACUAAACACGAGCUUAGAACUUCGAUGGUCGCAAGAAAACGAGAUCAAAAGCUUCGUCUCCAAGUACACAGUCCAUUUUCGGCCUAAAGUUUCAUCGGCCAAGUUGGACAUCGGAGAGAACCCAUGGAAAAAUGUCUCGAUUGACGCAGACAGGAUGAAAAUCAACGAAAAUGAUGAGAAAUUUAGUGGUUCUUAUGUAAUCGAAGGUUUAGAGUGCGGCAAAACGUAUGAGGCGUUUGUGACUUCUGAAAAUGCAGUUGGGAAAAGCGAAAUGGGAAACAUUCUGUCUUUCAAAACACUCGGAUCCACUCCCCUCAAUCCGGACUUGAAGUCACUAGUAGAGGAGAUAUCAUCGACCAGUGCUCUCUUGAAUCUGUCCACCAUACAACACAACGGCUGUUUCCUCAACAACGUCAUCAUUCAAGUCCACGAGAUAGGCUCACGGAAAAUGGAUUCAUCCAAAUCUGGCGGCAGUUCUUCAGUCACGAAGAAAUACAAAGUAUCUGGCAACAGAGUCAACUUCGUCUUGGUUGAAUUGGAGCCGGCCACUUACUACGACUUGAAACUUAUCGCAAACAACAGCGCUGGUUCUUCCCAGACUAAAUACACGUUCGCGACACAUACCAUCACUGGGGAACCUCUUCCUGAUCAGUUUCUUCCGGAGGGUGCUUCCCAGUACGACUCCCCCUUCACGAAUCAGACUCUGGUCGGCAUAUUUGGAGGGGUGGGGUUGGGAGCUGUGCUCUUUCUCUGCCUCAUCCUUCUCUGUAUUCUGAAGGGAAUAAAGAACCAACGCAAACAAAGAUACCACGGAGGUUACGACACCAGAAAACGGAGCAAAACGAGCCACGUUCCCGACUUCCCUCCCGAAAUGCUACACACCCUUAGCUCCGACCGUGGAACUCUUGUUCACAUGGGCUCAAUAUUCCCCCACGACCCAGCCAGGACAAAUAACCCUGCAAAUCUAGGCUCUAUGAAUUUCGGUCGCACGAAUUCGUACCUGCAAGAAUUGGCCAAUGGCAAUGCAAAUGGAAGGGCAAACAAAUCGGGAUCUAAAAAUAGUCUCCUUGCUUUUGCUUUGACUCAAAAUAGAAACCCAAGGCCGAUCGAUCAAAACGGGCAGUUCAUUGGUCUUCAUUCAACUCAGCCGAAUCUGAGCUUGUUACGUGAUGCACCAGAUGCGCCUAUUCCCCUGCCCGAGCCAGCGAACCCAAUGUUUCUCUCACAUGGAAAUCUGGCACUCAGUCUUGGAAUAGGAGGAGGGGCUUCUGGGGUUCCGCGAGGAAGCAUUCGCACCAUCCAUUCCCAGGCGAAUAGCGCCUCGAAUUUGAACUUUGGUUACCCAAGUCAACCGAAUCCGAACUCAAUUUACAAUACUUACAAUUCUUCGCCAUUCGCGAGCAACCAAGAUCCGAGAGGCCCGAACGGCCCGAACGGCCCGAACGGCCCGAACGGCCCGAACGGCGGUGGGUUGUCGUCGUCGCUUUUGCAGACGUUCGCUGUGGAGCGAGGCGACGACUCGGGAAUCGACGAAGACGAAGGACAGAGUCCCGAACCCGACAUCAACACGAGUCGUAAUGGGUCGACGUCGGGUGGGGGUUCAAGAAAUGGCAAUAAUAGUCGGUCGGGCUCGUUCGCCCAGAAGUCGCCUUCGGGUGGAACUGGAGUCCCUAUGAUUCCUGGGUUGUCCAACUCGCAACCGAGACUGGCAUUUAACACACAGCCUAAUGUAGAUGCAACACGAGCGACCUUGCUUAAAGAAGAGCUGAAGAAACAUAUGUGGAUGACGGAAGCAGCGAUGAUGCCGAUGCCCCCACCCACUCACAUUCCAUUGGGUGGAGGACAACCAUCACAUCUCAACUCCUCGACCAGUUUCCACGGGGGAGACCAGCAGCAGUCCCGUCUCAGUUUCCCCGUCCCCCACAGUCCUGGAGGGUCGCAGUCUUCCUUUUCCAUCAACCGGCCCAAUUCUUUCAUAGCUUCUACUCCCACACCUGCUGGGAUGACUAGGUCGCAGUCUACGGCCGGAUCACAGGGCAAUGUCACUGGACCUCCGCCGGUGCCUCCGCGGGAUUCGAACCUCAAUCUGGAGUCUCAAUCACAGCUUCCCCCUGCAGUACAUAGAAACAAUAGCACAAGUGGAGUUCCGAGCGUCCCCAACUUUUCCGCCAGUUUCCGACCGAUUGGCGGGGAGACAGUUCCCAGAACAAUGGCAUCCAACCUACCUCAAAGAAUCACCCCUAAUCCCACCCUACAAUCCCAACGACCACCAAACGCAGACCCCCCUGCAAACUUCAAAAACAGUCCACUUCUCAGAAACGAUUCUACAAGCAGUAAUAAAUCGCUACCAGGGUUAUACAUGCAAAGGCAACAACAAAUGGCAAACGGAUUUCAACAUGGUCGCAACGGAUCAGGAAUGCCGACCCCUCCCCCGCCUAUAAACGGGACUCUGAACUCCAACGGGUCAACAGGAGGGUCAAUGCACUUCAAUCCAGCUUCACUGAUGAGAUCGAACAGACCCGUCAGUUUCGCAGUUCCAACUGUUGAUCAGUCGCAGAUAUUUGUACCAAACUACAACGCCAACCAACAACACUCUCUUUUUCCACAGGGUAACCAAUCCAACGCUUAAAUGGAGAAAUGUAAACACAUAGAAAAAUACUGAUGACAGUAAUCUAUUUGCACUAAUUUUUGUGAUGUCAUUGUUGCUUAAUGUUUCCUUAUUCUGGUAUAUUAUUGAUUUAAUACAUCAUUUUACUCAAUAUAAUGAAUA